AGCGGAAGGAAGAAGAAGAAGAAGUCGAACCGGAAAUAAUAUUUACUCUUUCCGGUUUGGCGUCUAAGGUUUUCUUUUUUUUUGUUCAUUUUCUCCAUGCCAGAAUAGUAGUAUCAUGGCAAACAGAACCGUUAAAGACGCUAACAGUAUACACGGGACUAACCCGCAGUAUCUGGUGGAGAAAAUCAUCCGCACACGAAUCUACGAGUCUAAGUACUGGAAGGAGGAAUGCUUCGGUCUCACCGCUGAGCUGGUUGUCGACAAAGCCAUGGAACUUAAGUAUGUUGGUGGAGUUUUUGGUGGAAAUAUCAAACCCACUCCUUUCCUUUGUCUCACGCUGAAGAUGUUGCAGAUUCAACCUGAAAAAGACAUCAUUGUCGAAUUCAUAAAAAACGAGGAUUUCAAAUAUGUGCGUUUACUUGGAGCGAUGUACAUGAGGUUAACUGGAACUGCAGUGGAUUGCUACAAAUACUUGGAGCCUUUGUACAAUGACUACAGAAAGAUUAAGAGUCAGAACAGAAAUGGAGAGUUUGAGGUGAUGCAUGUGGACGAGUUCAUCGACGGGCUUCUUCACGCAGAGAGAAUGUGUGACGUCAUCCUUCCUCGGCUUCAGAAGAGGCAAGUGCUGGAGGAGGCUGAGAUGCUGGACCCAAGGAUUAGCGCUUUGGAGGAGGACUUGGAUGAAGUAGAAAGCAGUGAAGAAGAAGAUGAGGAAGAAGAUAAGAUGGAGAGAAUUCAGACUCCUGAGCCACAUAGACGUGGUUACCGUGACAAUGACAGACCUCGCCGCUCCCCAUCACCACGUUACAGACGCAGCCGUUCUCCCAGACGGAGGAGCAGGUCUCCAAAGAGGAGAAGCCCCUCACCACGGAGAGAUCGCCAUCGCAGCAAGAGCCCCCGGCGCCACCGCAGCAGGUCCAGAGAGAGACGCCACCGCUCCAAAUCACCAGGUCACCACAGAAGCCACAGACAUCGCAGCCAUUCCAAGUCCCCAGAGAGGAGUUCAAAAAAGAGUCACAAGAAGAGUCGAAGAGGAAACGAGUGAUUUUUUUCUUUCUUUUUGUUUUUAUACCAAACUUUCAGAAAUCUGCUUUCUAAUUCCUGUGUAUUUGUUUUCUUUUCCCUUGUUGUUUUUUUAUGGGGGGGGAGUAUAAAUAUAUAAAAUAUUUCAUGUAAACAUGUUCAUUGUGCUUAGAAUGUGUUUCAUAAUCUGAUUUGAUCUGACAUUUCAAAAAUAAAGGCCCCUAAAUUGUGACUCUU